UUUUUAUGCAGUAUAUAUCAUCAUUGAGGUAACAGAGGUCUCUCUGACACAAGUCAUCAUUGAAACCCUAAGCCUCCCCACAACCCCAUAUCUCUUUGUCUGAAAAAACUCUUUUGCAUAUAAAUAUAGUCACAUAUUGGCCAUAUCUUUCAAACUGUACUGCUGCACAAGUGUAGAGGCAGUGGCACAACAUCUUUAAAGACACAUAUAGAGAGAGAGAGUGAACAAAAGAGAGAAGUCAUUUAUUCAUUUUCUCGCUACAAAUUCUUGAGAACCCGGACAACUUUUUCUUUCUUCUUUCUGGUUUUGGGUUAGGGGAAAAAAAAAUGGGUGAAAGAGAUGAUGGAUUGGGGCUAAGUUUGAGCUUGAGUUUAGGAUUUAAUCAGAAGGAGCCGUCUUCGAGGUCAAAUCCAAUGCCUUUGGCUUCUUCUUAUUCAUCUUCACCACACAUGCAUAUGCAUAUGCAGCAGCAGCAGAGCAAUAAUUAUAGCCAUCCUCAAAAGAAUCAGAACAGUUGGAUUAACAUGUUUCAAUCUUCAGAGAGAAACUCCGACAUGAGAUCGUUUCUCAGGGGAAUCGACGUGAACAGAGCUCCAUCGACGGUGGUGGUUGACGUGGAGGAUGACGCCGCCGGAGUAUCGUCCCCGAACAGCACCGUCUCAAGCGUGAUGAGCGGGAAGAGGAGCGAGCGGGAGCUAAUGGCUGCGGCAGCUGCAGCCGGAGGGGGUAGUAGAGUAGAAGACAACGAGAUGGAGAGAGCUUCUUGUUCGCUCGGAGGUGGUAGCGACAAUGAAGACGGUAGUGGGAACGGAGACGACGGUUCCAGGAAGAAACUCCGUUUGUCUAAAGAACAAGCUUUGGUUCUUGAAGAGACUUUUAAAGAACAUAGCACACUCAAUCCGAAGCAAAAGAUGGCAUUGGCUAAGCAAUUGAAUCUGAGGACGAGGCAAGUGGAAGUGUGGUUCCAAAACCGAAGGGCAAGGACGAAGCUGAAGCAAACGGAAGUAGAUUGUGAAUAUCUGAAGAGAUGUUGCGAGAAUCUAACGGAGGAGAAUCGAAGAUUGCAAAAGGAAGUGAGUGAGUUAAGGGCUUUAAAGCUUUCGCCACAUUUAUACAUGCACAUGAAACCUCCCACUACGCUAACAAUGUGCCCUUCUUGCGAACGCGUCGCUGUUACUUCAUCACCCUCAUCGGUGGCUCCUCCUGUGAUGACGUCUUCGUCUCCGAUGGGGCCAAUGAGUCCGUGGGCUGCUAUUCCUCUCCGACAACGACCUGCUGCUGGUUCUCAUUAGAGAAUUUGUCUCUUUAUUUUUUAAUAGUAGUAGAAUUUAAUUAGUCUAAAGAUAAUAUAGGUUUUGGUGAUUUGUUUUUCUAUUAUAAAGUCAAACGAUCUUUGGAAGUUUUUUUUCAAGAGUUGUUGGUCCAUGCUUUUUCUUUCCUUUGUUUUAUUCAGUUUGGUUUUUGAAGCUGAAUUACGGUAUUAUUGUCUAAUGAUUAACAACAGACUUAUAUAGUUUGGAGAAAGGCUUAUGUUUGUCUUAAUAUAGUUGUAAUUGUUUAAUUGGGUUUGUUCCUUGGUACUUACUUAAGAAAGGGAAUUUUGUAAA